AUGCUACUCAACUCCCUCCUCCUAUCAACGGGCCUCGCCCUCGCCCUCGCCGACUCCUCCUCCCCCUACCUCGGCUCCCAAUCCUCCUCCUCCGCGUCCAACCCCUUCCUCCUCCCAGGCGGCCUCGGCUCCUCCGCCAUCUCCCUCGGCGCCGUCGCCUCCACCUGCGACAUCGGCUACAAACCCUGCGACGGCAAAUGCAUCCCCACCCUCGGCACCUGCUGCAACACCGGCAGCGGCGGCUACUGCGAGGCCACCAAGGUCUGCGUCUCCGGCGGCUGCUGCCCCAUCGGCAAGACGUGCUCCGGCGCCCCGUCCGGGUGUUCGUCGGGUAAAGUCCUCUGCAACGGCUUCUGUAUCCCCUCCGGCACGGUGUGUUGCUCUGAUGGCGGGUAUUGUGAUGCCGGGGAGACGUGUACUUCUGACGGGUUCUGUUCAAAAGGGAGUGGAGGGGGAGGGGGUGGGGGGCAGUGUGCGAGCGGGCAGACGGCGUGCGGGACGGGAUGCAUGCCGACGGGUCAGGUGUGUUGUGGCUCGUACUUCUGCGAUGCCGGGGAGACCUGCGCCGGUGAUAAGAAGUGCAACAAAGGAUCCGGAGGUGGAGGAGGAGGCGGGAGCCAAUGUGCGGCGGGACAGACGGUAUGCGGAGCGGGAUGUAUGCCCUCCGGCCAGACGUGCUGCAAUACCUACUACUGCUUCUCGGGGCAGACAUGCGCGGGCAACAAGAAGUGCAACGGUCCGAAUGGUGGUGGUGGAGGCGGUGGUGGUGGUGGAGGGGAUGAUAGUACUACUUCGACGAGGUUGAUUGCGACGACGCGGCUUCGGUCUGCUACGACUACCUUUGACGAUUCCCCGAGUACUACGGUGUUGGGCGGUGGUGACGAUGAUACGAGCACCACCUCUACGCGGGCUAUUGCCAGCGGCGCCAGCACCAGCACCAGCACCAGGGCGACACUAACGAAUGCUGCGCCGACGGCAGCAACAACCGCGGGUGGCAGUACGGCUGGUGCAGCUGCGAUGGGUGUCGACGGCGUCAUCUUGGUUGCUGGACUGUUGGCUGCUGUGCCAUUGAUUAUAUGA